CUGUUACUGGGACAGUACCCUUUAAAAAGGUUCUAAUGUGUACACUUUUGGUACCUUUGAGGUACUAAUAUGCACUAUGUACAAAUGUGUCUUUUUAAAGGGUACCACUGACUCCAAUACAGCUUUUGUAAAAAGUGUGUGUUCUAUUAGGGUUAUGUCUUUUAAAAUAUUAUGGGAAUUUAUAGACUAAAAUGCCAAAUAGGUUGGCUGUUAAGGACUUGAAUAAUGGUCAGAGGCUUUAAAGAAAGGUGUCAAUGAAAUCCAAAAACAACAGGCUAAUUGGAAAUAAAAGUACUCUUCCUAGAUUUUUGCAGAGCUUCAAAACCAUGGAUACUAAUUACUGCAGUUUCCUGGCAGUGAAACACCAACAACUUUUAUUUCACUAGCUCGGACUUACAAGUCAAAUAGAAUAAAUGGUUUAUGUGCAUUUGGCAUGCGUGUCCGAUGAGAGGGCUCAGGGCUCGGUAUUUGGUCCAAACCCAGAGUACUUCCCCCGUUUUCCUGGCUGUGGUAGGAUCAGGCCAAGAGUGAGGAGUCGGGGUGUUGGAGGGAUGCUGAAAAACUAUCGAGGAAUGUACAGUAGGUGUCCUGGGCUAGUGUGUGUGUCCGUGUGAGUGAGUUUAUUUCUACAUGUGAGUGUGACCGUGUAUCAUCAUAAUGGCCUCGGCGAGUGUGACCUUGGAGAAUCAACUGCACAGUGCGCAGAAGAACCUGCUGUUCCUGCAACAAGACCAUGCCAACACAUUAAAAGGCCUUCACGCUGAGAUCCGCCGCCUACAGCAGCACUGCACAGAACUGACAUAUGAGCUGACAAUGCGGAGCUCAGAUCCAGGGGAUGAUGGCGAGUCUCGCUGCAGAGAGCUGCACCAACGCUGUGAGGAGCUGGAGGCUCAGCUGAAGGCUAAAGAGCAGGAGAACACGGAGCUCCUGCGGGAUCUGGAGCAGAAGAAUGCCAUGAUCUCAGUGUUGGAGAACACCAUCCGUGAGCGAGAAAAGAAGUACCUAGAUGAGCUAAAGUUGAAGAGCCAUAAGUUGGCCGUGCUGUCCGGAGAGCUGGAGCAAAGAGCCAGCACCAUCGCCUACCUCACCUCCCAGCUCCACGCCACCAAAAAACGCCUUCUCGCCGGCGGGAGGGCUGGUGCAAGCCCCUCCGUCAGUCCCGUCAGCUCUUUAAAACCCAGCCCUCCUCCCGCUCCAGUGCCGUCGGGAAACGACAAGGACAUCCAGCAACCCGAGACUCCUCGCAGACGCAUGCGCAAAAGCCUUUCGCAGCCGCUGCACUCUGAAUACACAGAGCUGUACCGGUUGGGCGCCGCAGACGGCCGUAGGGUGGUACUGAGAGAUUCGGUAGAUGCCAUGCCGGAUCCUACACCAUUCCUGCAAGCCAGAGAGCCAGCGGCCCCUGCAGAGUCUCAAGCAGUGAUGCGGGAACGCCCCUCUGUGAUCCCGCCCAUCGCUUCUUCAGCCACACCCCCUGCACCUUCAAGCCCCGCCCACAUCCCCGUGCCUCCGAGCCCUAGGAAUAGCCCAGCGCGGGACGGACCCCAUCCCCGCCCUAACGCGCAUAUAGGAGUGGCCCAUCGGAUCCACCGCUCACCCUCAUCAGGUGGAGGAGCAGCUCGGAAACAGGCGGAGGUGGAGACCCUCGCCGUGGACCAGGUCAAUGGGGAACAAGUGGUUCGCAAACGCUCAGGUGCAGACAGAACUGUUUAAGACUGACAACUGUGCACAUUUACACAUCCUAAAACAUAGUAUAUCAACAUAGAUGUAUUAAGACCAAUGCAGUAUAUGCGGAGCUCCUUAUGACUGUGAAAACACACACACACACAGGCCCAUACAGAUGCUCAAAUCAUCAACACAUCACUUGUCAAUAAACGUAUCAAACACAAUACACUACGGAUAGAUAUAGACACUAACAAACACAGUCACACAGCUCAAAGUUGGGAAAUGCUGAACAAAACGCACUGGCGAGGUUUAGGCAAAGACUGUUUUUUCCGGAAGAUUGAGAGACUACGGAUGGCAGCAAGAGCUUCUGAAUGUCCUGCUGCUUUUAUGCAACACUGUAUAAACGGAAAGACUUUUGUUCAUGGUUCAUUUGAAUAACGUCUUUGUUUCACGUCAGUUGAGAAGGAGAACUGUGAGCAUGCCAAAUGAUUGUUUUCCUGUUUUCCUUUCCCAUUUGACUUUUUAGCCUCUUUUUUUUUUUGCGCGUUCUGUUCUUCUUGUCAUCAAUGUCCCGCUCUAUUUUACUCAAGGUGCAAACACACACACACACACACAAUCAUAUAUUGCCAAAUGUCGUCAUUGCCUGCUGAUUUAAUGUUCUAAUGCAUAUUCAUAUCUAGUCAUAUUUAUUCAUGAGCACUGCAGUAGUACUGGCAUCUCCUUCAGCUCUCCUUCCCCUCUCACUCACGUAUCUACUGGCUAAUGUGAACAAUCCUGCUGCUCCUUAUUAAACUCCUACUGAAAUCAA